UAGAUUAUAGAAGACAUUUUCAGGAGUAGUCUGCAGUGUAUACAUAAAUCGCUAAGUAAAAACUUUUUAGAAAAAGAAUUAUAAUAUAUUGAGAACCAGAUGUGUAUUUUCUCCUUUACUUAGUCUAUAUGUCAUGUAGAUACUAAUAACUUACUAUAUGGAUGUAUCUGCAUACGUUUUACAGAGCACAGAACAUUUAUGUGUUUUAAGUAUAGGCCAUAAGUUUCGUGGUUGUAAGGAGUUUUAAAAUGUAACUGAGACAGAAUAUCCUUUCAAAGGGACAUAAAAUGGGGUUAAACUGCAGAUAUAAACACUGCAAUAUAGGAUAUCUGUAGGUGUCAUAUGUCGACUCACACAGUUAGUGAAGGUCAGUAAAACCGUUCUAAUUCCUACAGCUGAGCGGAAUGUAUAAAAAGUAAAAAAUCAGUUUUUACAUGGCAGUGAUUCUAGACCAUCGUUAACCCUAAAUUCCAUUUUUUAAAUAUUUUUCUUCUGUCUUCUAUAACUUGUUUUGAUUAAAAGACAAAUAUAAAGGCCACAGACUAAAUACAAGCAAUUCCAGUGUUAUAAAUAUCACAGCAUAAUGAAAUGAGGAGGAUUACUUUUCUUAGCUGAAGACUAGCAAGAACUGUGCUUUAGUAAGUGAGAAUUCCUCUCAUUUCCAGUCAAACGUUUCACAUUUCCUUGAAUUAAGUAGGUUUUGAUUUCUCAAACUGAUACUGUCUGAUUAGAUGAUAAUUUGUAGCUGGGAAGCUUUCAGGAAGUUUCUUGCUGUUUUCAGAGAUAAAAUGCUCAAAUUACACAAAUUAUGUGCUUGAGUAUUUACCAGACCUUUUUAUGCACUGUUCAUUCUGCAUCUGGUUUUGACUUUAAAAAAAAUUGUGGUUUUUCACUGUUGAAGGAAUAAUCUUUGGAGUAAAGUAAACCAAGCUGAAGAAGGAAGUCAUACCUCAAGUAAGGGGACAUAAUAUUCCUCAGCAAAUACGACAUUAUUUAAAACAGUGCAUGAUGAACUUGGCCCAUUAUGUGCAGUCUUCGUCUUCCGCUGAAGGAACUGCUGGUGACUGUAGCUGUGAGUUAGACACUGGACUUACAGUAAAUGUUGCUGAUGUGGCAAAUGAUCUGAUCCUCAGGCAGAUUCUGCCAGAGUAUGCUCUAGUCUUGCACUUCUGCCCUGAGAAUGGUGGGUGUCUUUGUCCAGGUGGCCAAUAUUGUCAGGACAAUAAAUCGAUGUUCUUUCUUCUCUGGCUGGGAGGAAGUGUGGAGGAGGGAAGAUGGUCUUCCUUCCAGAGAUAUUGCCUUUGCCAUAGUGAUAGAAAAAGCUGAUGAAAAAAAAAAAAGGCAAAACAGAAGGGUCAGAAAACUUAUGGCAAAGGAAAAACAAUGAGAAUAUUGUAUAUGUCAGGACUCUGGUUGCCAUUUCGUAAACAACCUUCUUCCUAUUUUGUAUAUUUUACUUGGAUAUCCUGUUUCUUUCUUUAUCCCUUGUGUGACACUGGGAUUCUGUGAAGGACUGGCCAUAGAAAGUUUUCAUCUAUGGUUUAUUUGUGGAGAUUUUCCUGCUAAAAUUGAGAAAUGUUUAAAGAGUGAUAAUAGAUGUUACUAAAAUGGUAAAUGCCAACUUUCUUCCAGGAGAAGAAUGGAAAGAAAAUCAACAGAAAAUAGUGAUAUGCAUUAGAGUUUUACUAUUUCAUAUAUUUCAUUUGAAACAUCUUUGCAUUUUGAGAUCAGUUUUGACAUGAUCUUUAAGUUGUGUUGCAAAGCCAACUUCUACUCUUUAGGUAAAGGUACUCUUUCUGAUAAAAUUUGCAAAUUUUUGUACUAUGGCAAAGAGCCUUCUGAGCUACAGCCAAGCUUGGUGCUUGAGCCCUGGGCUGAGUGGUGCAGCAUAGCAGGAGCUCAUCUAUAAAGUAUCUAACAAUCGUAUUCCUCAUGACUUCAGUUACACCAAUCCUUGUUAGCAAAGUCACUUUUUAGCCUUUGAGUCAUUCCAAUUUGCAGCAGUAGUAAAUGAGAUGCGUUCAAUGUUAAGAAAGGUAAGACCUUGCACAGCUGAAGAGAACAAUGCGAUGUCUAAUAGUAUAUCGAGAAGAUUCUCUGUUCGAGUCCAUUGGGAUUUAGACUAAGCCAGAAUGAAAACUUAAGUAAGAAGGGAACAUGAUUAAUUUAAGGAAAAUUUUAGAGGCAGGUGCCAACAGGCAGCUUUGUAACAGUUGUAGUGCAAAGUCACCGAAUGGCAAGGCAGCCAAAAUGGGGUGACAGGACUGUGAGGUGGCUUGGGAGUAAUGCAUUAGCAGCAGUUGGCAGGCUGUGCAAUUCAAAAGUUUGACAGAGUCUCUGUGCAAAAUUGGGAUGCUCAGAAGAGCUCAUUUGAUAAAGUUCAGUGGCAUUCUAGAUUCAGGAAUGACUGAGAUGAUUGUUUUGCAGUUACAUGGAGAAAAAGAUUUUGCAGUAGUAGUGCAAAAAUAAAGCAGCAGAGUUGGGUUUAGAUUGGCAGAACAGAGCAGGUGAUUCCUGAGUUCUAACUGAACUAGUGUUAGUUAAUACUAUUAAUUUCUGUUUUUCAGUGUUGUUUAGAAUAAGACUUUGAAAGGCUACAAGCUUUAGAAAUACAUGUCAGUAAAUUUGUAUUUCCAAAGCUCUUAGAUAUUUCUUUCCAUUUACUCAUACAAUUUUUCUUGUAUUGAAUUAUGCUCUCAAAAACACAGAUUCAGUGCAAAGAGGCCAUCUCUCUCUGAGUCCCUGUGUAAGGAACUUGUAUGACUUGUGCUUCCACCAUUCUCAAGCUUUUAUCUUUUAAUCUGCUUUUGGCCAGUUUCAGAGAUGAGAUUCUGGCUUGAAAAAAUUCUGACUGGUUGCGGGUGUUUAUAUAUUCUGAUAAAAAUCUAAGUUUGAUUAACCAAAGCCUUAGUGGAGUGUCAAAGCCUGGAUACAUUAUCUGUCCAUCUCUGUCUCCUUAUAACAACUAACUGAUGAGCACAUUCAAACAGGAUUUGAAUUGGAAACGCUGGAGAUGGGGGAAUUGGAGUGAGAUCUGGAGAACUAGCUAGCGUCUGGCCUACUUUCCAUGAUUCUUACCAGAUUCAGAGGAAUAUUGAAUUGGCUGGAAAAACCCUCUUCCUCUUGCAAAGCAGACCUUUAUGUCAAAAUUUUUGGUGUAGAGUGCCUUUCUUUUAAUAUAUGAUGGAAAAGAUAAAAGCAAAGAGUUCAGAACAUAAGGGAGAAAGAGCAGCAACAGAACUUAUGUAUGAAAAGUUUCCUUUCGGUGUAAGAAGGUAAAAAGUGUAACCUCCAAUACAAAAUAUGUAAUAUAUUUUGUAAUAUAUGUAAAUAAGAAUAAGAGAAUAAAAAUAUUCUCUAUAAUAGUUUUUUCUGCUGUAUGUGGUAGCACCCUUUGUUCUUUUAUUUCAGCUACUUCAUAAGACAAACCAGUUUUACUAAAUUAUGUGAGAUAUUGAAGACAUACUAUUUAAUAACGUUCCAGAAUUUUAUUUAUAUCUAUUUCCUGUUUUCCAUUUUUUCCAUUUUUUGUUCUUUUAUCUACUUACAUUAUUUACUGUGUUUUGUGAAGCAACUCUAAGUGAUUCCUGGUUUGUCAGGGAAGAUUUUAAGUUUUAGCAUAAGAACAACUUAUGGUGUUUGAAAGUAUUUGUUUUACUACUCUUUUGAAUAGCCUCUCAUUAUGUGAACCCUGGAAAUUUAACAAAGAAAUUAGUGCCAGGGCUGACAUUCACAUAUACCUUGAGUAGUAAGUUUCUCGGAGAAGAGCCUGUAGAAUUUAUUUCUAUGUAAAGCACUAUUAUAUUGACAGGAAUGGUAGAUUUCAUUUCUUUUUAACAGCAAGAUCUUAAAGCUGCCUCGGGCUCCUGGGUAAUUCCUACAUAUUCCUGUGGAAAGCACAAAGCUGCUGUCGCUGUUCCCGAACACUUCUGUGUGUUGUAAACCCAGAUGUGACAAUACAGCCUAUACUUGCUUUCACUCCAGGCUCUUGACAUUCCAUGUGCUUGAGGGAGCUCUCUGAAUAAUGUAAACAUUUCUCUUUUGAGAUGCAGGGAGCAAUCACAGCCAAGAUGAAACCGAAAGCUCUCAGUCCCAUAUCGAGUUAGGCUUGUGUUGUGUUUAACCUUCGGUGACCUUAAGGAGUUACCAUGAAAUUGUUGCAACUGUAAGUUGUUGUAACUUGGUUAUCAUGAGAUUACCAAGAAGUCACAGACCACUUCUUGCUUGGUUUCAUGUCCCUAUUUCUGCUAAUUAGAUCAUGACAGGAUUUCCAGUUAUUCACAGUGGUUUGCUUCACAGCUGUGUGCUAGAACAGUGCUAUUCACAGUCUAAUAGAUAAUUGUGCCUGUCAGUGAAAACACUAACUUGGUCGUCUGAGUUUUUGUCUUAGUUUUCCAUCUAAGAAAGCUUCGGAAGGAUAAACCGAAUCCUAAAUGGAGUAUCAUACAAUACGAGUCCUGACAAAAACAGGUGAAUACCAUAAUAUGAAAUGCAUUCAUUGAAAUGAUAAAUUUUAUUAAGAAGAAUAAGAAAACAAAAGAUCGAGGUACCAAGUCACCGUGCUACUUGAUAUCCUGCAUAGAGAAAGAUGUUACAGAGGGACAUACAUGUACCUCAUGACUGAAGAAUAGGAAGGAGAUGGGAAAUAGGGACGUGACUGAUUCACAGGUGCAUUGGAGAGCGGCUGCUGUUAAAGCUUUUGAAAUGGAGAUUAUACCUGCUAAUAAAAUUGUUGCCCAAAUUGGAGAAACGCUUGUACUCACAUGCAAUACUACUGGCUGUGCAUCACCAAGUUUUUCCUGGAGAACACAAAUGGACAACCCCCUUGGAGGAACAGUGAACAACCAUGGGACAUACUCUACCUUGACUAUGAAUCCAGUUAGUGUUGUGAAUUCUCAUGAUUAUCUGUGUACUGUCUUCUGUGAUAAGAAAGGGAAAAAAGAGAAGAGUGUCAAAGUUGAACUUUACUCUUUCCCCAGUGAUCCUAUCAUUGAGAUCAGCCCAUCCUCAGUUGCUGGAGAAACAGUCACUGUCAUCUGUAAAAUUCCUGAUGUGUAUCCUUCUGAGCACCUGGAGCUAAUCCUAAAGAAAGAGGAACAUGUUCUUCACGAAAAAAAUUUUUAUGGAGAUGACAGCACAAAUACAGAGACCAAAACUGUGACAUAUUCAUUUAUUCCCAUGGCUGAAGAUAUUGGGAAAGAGAUUACCUGUGUGGCCAAGUUACCGGUUCCUUAUAUGGACUUUAAACCCAAAGAAAGACUAUCUUCUCAGAAACUGAAUGCAAAUUUUGGUCCACAAAAUACUGUCAUUACUGCAUCUCCAGGCAACUCACCAAUGGAAGGAGACUCUCUAAAACUCACUUGUGCGACUGAGAGCAACCCACCACCACAAAUAGUUUGGAGAAAACAUUUGGCUGACGAAAGCAUUCAGCAUCUGAUAAAAAACAAUGUCCUUUCUAUUCCCCAUGCCCGUUUCAGUGAUUCAGGACUGUACAUCUGUGAAGUAAUUAAUCUGGUAACUAAUAGAACAGAGACUGCAACUGUGGACAUUGUUAUACAAGGUGCUCCAGUCAUUACAGAGCUCUCCAUUGAGCCUUCUACAACAGUUCAAGAAGGAGAAAAUGUUUCCAUACAAUGUUCUGCUGAGAGUAACCCUCCUCCCAAGAUUAUUUUAAGGAGAAAAUCUGACAGUGCAGACAUGGAGCCUUUCAGUGCAGGGAGCAUUCUCCUUCUUCCAUCUGUGAUGUUCCUAAAUGGAGGAGGCUAUGAAUGUGUAGCAGAAAAUAAGUUUGGGAACAGUAAAAGUGAAAUAACACUUAAUGUGGAAUAUGGACCAAAGAAUACAAUGAUCUCUGUUAUCCCUGCUACUGCUGUUAAAGAAGGAGAAACUGUGGUGAUGAAAUGUACUAGUUCUGGCAAUCCAUCUCCUGUGAUCUCUUGGAAGAAAAAGAAAGCCACUGGGGAGUUUGAGAAAAUUUUUAAAAAUGCAACUUUAACUAUACAGAACUUAAAAAGUCAUGAUCUGGGGCUUUACGAAUGUGAAGCUUAUAACCAACUUGGCAAGGAAGAAAAAGCUGUGAAAUUAUUUGUCCAAGCAAGAUUGGAAAACCCAGAUCAGAUGUUACCACUGAUUAUUGCAUUCUCCUCUGUAGCAGCGGUAGCAGUACCUGUAGUUGCAAUUUUGAUCUACGUGUCAAGAAAAGCAAAGAUAAAUGGAUCCUACAGUCUUGUAAAAGCACUCAGGUUGAAAGUGUGAUCACAUGAAUAUAAGUCCUUAGUUGAUAUUAAGUAAAUUUAUUUAUUGUUGUGACUGAUUCUACUCUUCUGGUAACAAACAAGUGCCUUAAGAACAGCACCAUGUGAUAGCAAAUGGCUUUUUUACAUGUUUUGAUAAGUGUUUCGGUAUUCAAAUUAAAGGAAAAGCUAGCAUCCUCUCCUAGAAAUUGGUAAAUCACCUCUGUGUUGAAGCAUGCUGAACAAAGAGUUCUGUGGAGAACCAAGUUUGUACAUAGUGUAUAAUUUAUGUUAUAAAUAUGUUCAACUAAAUAUCAGUUUGUAAAAUUGCAGUCUUAUGUACAGAGAAAUUUUGUUAAUUCAAAGAUAUAAAUCAUCAUUGCUUGAGCUCAUCAGGUGAUAUUUUAUUUUGUAUUACUCUGCAGCAUGAAUGUUUUUAAUAUCAUUUGUCUGCUUGUGUUUGGAAAACGUUCUGGUAUAACUGAUAUUGCCAUAAAUCCUGUACCUUCAAUGAAGUUAUGCAAUCACUGG